AUGGGUAAGAUUGGUCUUGGUCUUCACGCAGGAGCAUAUUUAAAUUUAAGCUGUUUCGAGAGCGAGCGAAAAUCUCUUCUCGAGUUUAAGAAAGAUCUAAUUGACAAAUCAAAUCGCUUGGCAUCCUGGACUGGAGACGAUUGUUGCUCAUGGAAAGGAGUUGGAUGCAGCAGGAACACUGGGCAUGUGGUGAAACUUGAUCUGCACAAUAAUGCUGCUUUUGAUUUGGAUCGAUUUUUCUUUGGGGACAUGCAAAAUUACGUCUCUAUCUAUGGCGAAACUUGUUUCAAUGGGACAAUUCCUCCUCAAUUAGGAAAUCUCUCAGCCUUAGAAUAUCUUGACCUUGGUAAUAAAGCAGAAGGUUUUAGUUAUUGGAUAAGUCGUCAUUCUUUGUCGACAAAGAGUCUCUGGUGGGCCACUUGUCUUUCUUCCUUGAAACAUUUGGAUCUCUCUAAGGUAUACCUAGGAGAGGCUCGAGACUGGUUAGAAGCACUUAACAAGCUUCGUUUCUUAACCUCAUUGACAUUAAACUCUUGUGGUAUUUAUUCCUUUCCUCAUAUUGCACACCUUAAUUUCACGUCUCUUACCUCACUUGAUCUCGGAGGCAAUGAAUUCGACUCCACGAUCCCUCUCUGGUUGUUUAAUUUAACUUCACUGGUUCAUCUCGACCUUAGUGGCAACCGUUUUUUUGGUCCAAUGGUUCCUAAUAACCUGCAGCAUUGGACUUCACUAAGCUACCUCGAUCUUAGCUACAAUCAAUUCAAUACUUCACUGCCCGAUCCACUCUUCACUUUGAACAAUCUUGUCUACAUGGACUUGACUUAUAACCAAAUCCAAGGCCCACUCCCCCUCGGCCUAGGCAACCUAACUUCUCUUUCCGUACUGCACAUGGGAAAUAACAGCUUUGAAGGCAAAAUCCCAAGUGCGAUUGGGCAACUUCGAGAACUCACCGACCUCGAUCUCAGUAGGAAUGGGUUCAAUGGUACCAUUCCAUCCUCUCUUUGGAGGUUGAGUGAGUUAAAAUUCUUGGAUCUAUCUGACAAUCCAUUGAGCGGGGAGCUGCGUGACAUUCACUUUGCCAAACUCGCAAAACUGAAAGUGUUAGGAUUAUCCUCCUUACCUCUACUCGCUCUGAAUGUGAGUUCCUCAUGGGUCCCACCAUUCCAACUUGAAGGGGUAUUUAUGAGUUCCAUCAAGAUAGGGCCCAAAUUUCCUCUCUGGCUUCAAACUCAGAAAACAAUUGAAUAUCUGCGCAUGUCAAAUGCAAGCAUCUCAGAUACUAUCCCAGAUUGGUUUGAGAGAGUGUGUCAUGGAAUAAAAUAUUUGGAUUUCUUCAACAAUCACAUGAUGGGAAAACCGCCCGUGUGCAAAGGCAGCAGUGGUCAUAAAUACCGCGUGGGAUUUUUUUUGGAGGCCAACAAAUUCGAGGGGCCUUUGCAAUUGUUACCAACAGACAUUUCUGAAUUGCAUCUCCAAAAUAACUCACUGCAAGGGAUUAUUCCACAGCCCGACAUUAAAAAUAACAUGACAUUGGAUAUUCUUCGACUACUAGAUCUCAGUGAUAACCACUUCAUGGGCAGCAUCCCUGAUUCUUUGUGCAGCUUACAAAUGCUUGCUGUCUUGGAUCUUUCUAACAACCAGCUCUCUGGAGGGAUCCCUUCAUGCAUUGGUAAGCUUAAAACGUUGGGUGCGCUACUUCUGGCAAACAACAAUCUCUACGGGCACAUUCCAAUUUCAUUGGGACAGCUCAAUUUUCUCCAGUCUUUGCACUUGGACCGAAACAAAUUUACGGGGAUGGUCCCAUUCUCGCUCAGACAUCUGAAAAUUUUGCAGUUUCUUGAUCUUGGAAAUAAUGGACUGGAGGGCAUUAUACCAUCUUGGAUUGGGGAUGAACUAUCUCGUCUGAGGUUCCUUGUGCUUGAAUCUAAUAAUUUCCAUGGUGACAUUUCCAUGUGCCUCUGCAAACUAUCAUUCCUUCAAGUUUUAAGUUUGAAAGACAAUAACUUAACUGGACAUAUACCUCGCUGUUUCAACAACUUUACAGCAAUGACAUCGAUAGAAUCGGACUCUGUUGCCGACAUUAGGGUCCCAGUUUAUAUCAUGCCACACGGCAUGCUUUUUUAUGGGUACAGUGAAGAACUAUCAGUGCUCAUCAAAGGUGAAAAUCUGAAGUACACCUCAAGCAAUGUGCGAUAUGUUAGAUUCAUGGGACUCUCAAAAAAUAAACUAAGUGGGGAAAUACCUGUCGAGUUAAUGUCUCUUGUUGGAUUGCAGGGUUUGGAUUUAUCUAGGAACCAUCUAAGUGGAAGAAUCCCAGAAAACAUUGGGAACUUGAAGCAACUUGAGUCUCUGGAUUUAUCCAAAAAUGAUCUUUCUGGUCCAAUUCCCCAAAGUUUGUCGAACCUAGAUUCUCUGGGCUGGCUGAACUUGUCGUUCAACGAGCUAACGGGUCCAAUCCCAUCCGGACGUCAUCUGCAGACCUUUGACGACCCAACCAUUUACAUGGGAAACAGUGGACUUUGUGGUGAACCGCUAGACAGAAGCUGCCCUGAUGGUAAAUCAAAUGCCGGAGAAUCUGAUGGUGAUCAUGAGGAUGGCAAGGAGUCUUAUUUUGAUUGGUUUUAUGCUGGUUUGGGACCUGGUUUUGCUGUUGGACUCUUGGGAUUCUUCAGCGUCCUAUGUUUCAAAGAGUCAUGGCGCUAUGCAUACUUCGAAUUUCUGGAGAGCUUGUUGAAUAAAGUAUGGGUACAAAUUGCAUUGCUAAAAAGGAAGUUUAAUUGA